AUGUGGUGGGUGCGAUACGCAGCCAGUAAAAUAACGACUCGUUCAGUCUGCGGUGGCGUAGCGGUAGCACUGGGGUCCGCGAUUGUUGCGAAGGAUAAUGAGACUUUACGUGUUCGUGAGCCAGUCCAACCAUCAAAUUUUGAGAAAUGGCAGGUCAUGGGACCAAUCAAACAUUCAGCUGAUGGUACAGUGAUCGCAAGACGAGUCGUAAGCGAAUAUGACCAUUCAGAUCUUAAGUUAAGGCUCUAUCAGUACGCGGCGUGUCCAUUCUGCUGUAAAGUUCGAGCGUUUCUGAACUACUAUGGCUUCUCAUACGAUGUUGUUGAAUUACCGACUGUAAUCGCUGAAGCGGACCGUAAAUUAAGCGAUUCA